AUGGAAGAAUCGACUUCGUCUUUUCACGAGAAUUUGGAAGAUGAAGAAGAGGAGGAAUUUGUGACACCGGAUGUGGUGAGAAACUUUCGAGAAACUUCAAUGAAAAUCAAUCGAUUUGGUUUUUAGGUGAUGAAAAGGAUGUGUGAAAGUUGGCAAAAUGAAUUGGCAUCGCCUUGUUUGUUACCGUCGAAAAUGGAAUUGGUCGAGAUUUUAUUGGAUCAGAUUCAGGGAAUGGAAGAGAAUAUUGGAAGGCAAAGUGAUAAGGUUGAGAUUUUCUCAAACAAAAAAUUUUGAAAAUUACAUUUUCAUUAAUAGACCAUUUUAGUUAUGAUUUUCAAGAAGUAAAAUUUGUCAAUAAAAAAUAAUGAAACUCAAAAAUUCCAUUUUGUGUUUUCCAAUUUUAACCCAAACUUAUUCUUUGCCAGGUGCAACUUCGCAUUUCGGUUCAUCGAAUGGAAUUGCAACGGGUCAGUUAUAUGACUUCGGAUUAUAUUCGAUGUCGACUUCAAAAAAUUGAAUCAAAUCCAAGAUAUUAUUUGAAUGAACAUAAUCGACGAAUUGAAGAAGGACAAACUGAAUUAUUAUCGGAGUUAGAGCUCAAAUUUGCAACUGAAUAUGCUGAAGCUGAAGCACAACUUUUUGGAAAAACUGUACUAGGUAAGUUUUUUCUUGACUCAUAUUCAAGUAGCCUAAUUAUGAAUGAAAAUCGUUUUAGGUUUUAUGCCACACGCUCUGCAAAAAAUGCCAGUUCCAGUGGAUGAUUUGAAUGUUGAAAUGGUUUAUGCGAGAGUUUUGGAAGAUGAUGUUGGAAAUGUUUCGAUUCCUGAUUGGACAGAUCCGAAUUCUGAAGUUAUUAUUGAACUCGAAAAAGAUACGGUUCACUUGAUUCCAUUCACUUCGAUUCGACAUUUGGUUGAGGAAGGAAAAAUGAUUUUGCUAUGA